AUCACACACAUACAUAUGUAAGUCUCAUUGUCUUGCCUCUGUUCUCGGUGUUGCCUUCGAGAUACCGAAAGAUUAUGAGGCAGCAUACGCAGUUGCAUUCAAUUCAAAAGGAGAGACUCUGAUAAAACACACCGGAAAUAAAUCAUUAUUAGCUGUAGACGAUGAUCUCGAUAUAAUAUUCAUUAACAUAAGCAGCGCUUUAAAGGAAUUUCAAUUAAAAUUCAUCCGAAAUGUGGAUGUUUUUUCACCCGCGUUUCAAGUCCAUUAUCAAAUGCCAAACAAUAAUAGCAAAAAAGAGUCUUCUUUGGACGUUCAAAUGGAAGAAAAUAUUGAGACGAACAAUGUUCGGGCUUGUUUUUACAGGGGUUCCUUAAUCGGAGAAGACGAUUCCUAUGCUGCAUUGAGCAUCUGCGGUGGUUUGAGUGGAAUUAUCCAAACUUCCUUGGGUGACUUUAUCAUACAGCCAUAUCCGGACUCAAAAGAAGCAAGCUCUACAAAAUAUGGAUUUACGAAAGGUGCGAAGGAUAACAGAGUUCCGCUCAUAUUAUACCGGAUGUCAUCUCUUCGUGAUGUUUAUCAUGACCUGACGAAUGAUUUCCAUCAUAAACAUCAGCAUCAUAAAAGGCGCACGAGGCGUUCCAGUGGUCGCAUCUACUAUAACCCUAACAGACGCUACACUGUUGAGUUGUUUGUGGUCGUUGAUAAAGAAGCUUUAGUGAAAAUACAACACAUCAACCCUACAACAUUUGUUUUGAAUCUCUUUAAUAUGGUUGGCAUGUAUUAUGCACAAAAGAGUCUCGGAAUUCAAGUUCAUAUCGCUGUUACUGAUAUUUUAUUUAUGAGAAGAAAUGAGCCGGAAAUUAUUUACAGAAAAGGCCCUGGAUAUACACUCAAUAACUUUUGUAGGUGGAUAUAUGAUCAAAGAUACAGGAGACAACAGUUCGACCAUGCUGUGCUGCUAACUGGACAAAAAAUGUGCCCUGGUACCCAUUGCAAUUCAGUCGGUUAUGGUCGUAUUGGAGACAUGUGUAUGGAACGUUCAAGCUGUUCAUUGGUCAGACUUAGAGGAUUACAUUCAGCUUUAAUAGCAGCGCAUGAAAUCGGACAUAGUUUUGGUUUGGAACAUGACCAUCCUUUGGUAAACGGGUGUAAUCCAUCUGAAGAAACUAUAAUGAAACCACAGAUUACCAAACAUACAGAGCAUUAUGUGUGGUCUCAUUGUAGUAGAGAUAGUCUUCAUAAGUUCUUACGUUCGAAAGAUUCCUUUUGUUUACUAAAAACGAGCGACAGGCAUUACAGGCAUUUCGAUGACAAACUUCCAGGUGAAAAUUACGAGGCCGAUAUGCAGUGUAAGCUACGACACGGGCCAGAAUAUCGUUAUUGCAGUGAUUUAACUACAAUUGAUCUUUGCAGUCAAUUGUGGUGUGUGAAAGGUAACCAACCAUGCAACAGCGGAUUAUUUCCAGCGGCUGCUGGAACACCAUGUGGUAGAAGUGUUUUUGACAAAAGUCGUGGCAGUCCUCAGUUGUGGUGUCUCGAUUACAAAUGUGUCCCAAAGGAUCCGAAUUUUAAAUUUAAAGAUCUAGAGAAUUUCCAAGGUUCGUAUAUCAAUGGAUACUGGGAGAACUGGUCAGCUUGGUCUGGAUGUCCAACAGAGUGUGGUGGUGGAAUACGUAUGAGAACACGUCUUUGUCUGAAACGACAGCAUCAAAUAGGUAAACCUCGUUGCAAUGGUCCCAGCGUGGAGCAAGGUGUAUGCAAUCUGAACAAAUGUCGUCCGGGUAUACCAGAUCCCAGGGAAAAACAAUGCAGGUCGUUCAACGGAAAGGUUUAUAUGGGAGCAAGAUGGAUAUGGAGCGCUUAUAGGGAAUUCAAUUUUGGAAAGAAGCAAUGUAUGCUCUACUGUGUCAAUAACAACGACAAUAAAGCUCACCGAAUGAGGUAUGCAGUUGAUGAUGGCACAUUGUGUAAUACAAUAUCUAAUGAUGUUUGUAUCAAAGGUGUAUGCACACAUGUUGGAUGCGACUUACAGUUGAACUCAACAGCAAGAUUAGACAGGUGUUGUGUUUGUGGUGGAGAUGGGUCUAGUUGUACUUUUACUCGUACAACUUUCAACGCUCAAGGCAAAAUGUACGGAAUCGUGGAUCUCGUCGUGCUUCCAGAGGGAGCCUGUUCGGUAACGAUCACGGAAAGAUCUGUAACAAAGAAUUCUUUAGCCAUUGCAAAUGUUGCUCGAACUUACCAAUUUAACUACCGAGGAAAUAUCGACGAAGGAAAACACAUUCUCAACGGUCAAUCGAUCAGUUACAAAAAGACACGGGGUUACAAUAUCUACAAGACAAUGGAUUCUAUAAAGAUAGAAGGUCCUUUGAAGGAAAGCAUUAAGGUGCAGUUGUAUUAUGUCGAACGUAACCCAGGAGUUGUCGUUUCCUACUCAAAACCUAAAUCGCACAGUAAAUCAUUUCCUCGUUUGCAUCAUGGCGUGCCAUAUUCAGCAUUGAAACCUGUGAGUACAGGGUACUUACCACCAAUGAUAUACAAAUGGAUGGAUGUUGUAGAAAAAGAAUGCUCAAAUAAAUGCGGUACUGGAGGUGAACGUAUAAUAAAUAAUAAAUGUAAAUCUGUAUGGACAAAAGAGGUGGUGAAUUCAACUUUAUGUCGUUCCUUACCAAGGCCAGCACCUCGAAAGUUUAAAUGUCCCAGGAAAGAAUGUCCACCCAGAUGGGUAGCAGGAGCAUGGACUCUCUGUUCCAAGAAAUGCGGCACGGGAAAACAAAAACGCAAGCUCUAUUGUAAACAGAAAACAGCGUUGGGUUUCGACAAACAUAUCCAGAAGGAGCUGUGCCUUAAACUGAAGAAGCCAGUACGUUCGCGUAACUGCAACAACCAGCCUUGCAAAGCUAAAUGGCGUGCUAGUAAAUGGUCUUCGUGUUCUGUUACAUGUGGUAAAGGCUACAAAAGAAGACGCGUUGAUUGUAUGCAAAAAGUGAACAGACGGUGGACGGCGAUGCCCGAGACUGUGUGUUCACACUCCCAUAAACCUCAGUCAACCAGAACGUGUAGAACCCGCAAGAAAUGCCCCAAAACUAAAAGGUACCAAUGGGUGGCCUCUGCUUGGGGUGAAUGUUCAAAAUCUUGUGGCUACGGUGGUUUGCAAAGGAAAAUCCUUCGAUGCACGAGAUAUGACAGGAAAACAAAUAGCCUGACACCAAAGCCGAACAAAAACUGCCAACAUAUUCCCAAACCGAAAAUGAUUCUAACAAGAAAAUGUGCUCAACAAAAUGAAUGCAGCAAAUGGACCGUAUCGAGUUGGACACGUUGCAGCCAAUCAUGCGGUAUGUAUGGUGUUCAAACUCGGGCUGUGAAGUGUGUUGUUAAUGAACAUUGGCAAGUCAAUCCGCUCCGUUGUCGACAGUCGCAAAAACCACAGACCAAACAACGAUGUAAUACUUUUGCAUGUCCAACUGCAAGUCUCGAAUCAUCUUGCACAGAUGUGAUGGGCUGGUGCUACGUGGCUGUGGCCAGGAAUAUGUGUGAGAGUCCGUUGAUCAAGAAACGUUGUUGCAAGUCGUGUUCGACGAGAGAACAGUAAGUGUUGCCUGAUGCAAAUGGCGACGGAUUCAAUAUGGUAAGAAGAUUGAAAAGUAUGGAAAAAGAAAGAAAACAAUUGACAGAAAACUCUGAAGGAAAAAGAAAGAUAACGGAGGAUGAAAAAGGCAUAGGCUAACACAGGUUAAAAAGAAAGGGAAAAUGUUGGAUAAAAACAGAAAAUGGUUUAACAGAAAAGUCGAGGAAAAGGAUUACCAAUGAAUUAUUUGACAAAUAAGAUAUAUAUAUAUAUACAUAUAUAUAUAUAUAUAUAUAUAUAUAUAUAUAUAUAUAUAUAUAUAUAUAUAUAUAAUUUGACGGCAAGUUGUCAGGAGUACAGACGGCUUACUUUUAAAAACAAUUUAUCAUAUAUAUGGAUAUAUGGAUUUGCUGGAGGUUAUCAAGUACGAAUGAAAUGAUGUACAUUAAAAACUGAAUCCAGCAUGACUCAAGAGAAAAGUAAAAGGUAAUAAAAAAGAAAGAGUUGAGUGGGUAAGGACCAGGGAGGGUGUUUGAAAUGAGGCAGGUGAAAAAAAGAGGUGGGAUGAGUUGAUUAUUGAUGAGACGAGUGAUAGAAAAAGGGAAAGCAAUAAGCAUAAAAGGGAAUGAUAAAUGUAUCAUAAACAUUAAUUAAUCAUAUCGUUAAUUGUCAUGUGGUAAUUAACUAAUGAUUUCAUUGAUUGAUUGAUUUGUUCAUUCAUUGGCUGGUUGACUUUGUUGGUUCAUUUGGUAAUACUGACUGACAUUCUUGUAACCACAUAAAUAGCCAAUAUGAAAUGUUGGAACUGUGAGUGACAGCAAAUAUCGCAAGAGGAGUGAAUGGAAAAAGAGAAUCAAUGAAGAACUGAAAAAAAAUUCACACACACACAUAUUUGUGCACACAUUCGUUCAAAUAUAAAAUAUGUUUGGUUUUACAAACGGAAAAAAAAAGAGAACUCAAUAUGUAAAGCAAAAAAUAUAUAUAUAAUUUUUUAUCAUCAUCAUUAUUAUUAUUAUUAUUAGCUGAGAAUACUCCAAGAGUUACUCAGGGACCUUGACUUCCGUGAGAAAUCACUUUUCAAAAUUGAGAUUGAAAGAAACGAGAGAUGUAUUUACCGAUUUUAUCAUAUAUAAAUCGAUAAAAUGUUCUACGUAAUACCGUUAUCGAUAUGUUAUUUGAGGACAUAAAUUUGAGAAUUUACCGAUA